AGGCAAAGGGCGAGAUGAUACGGACCAAUCAUAGCACAGAAGGCAGGGCUUUCUGCAAUACGGGUAGGGAAAACUAACCGUCUCAAGCUGUGGCGUCUCAAUCCCCCUCUCUCCAUCUCUCUCUCCUUCUGUCUCUCUUUCUCCCUCUCUCUUUCUCACCGAGAGAGAUGAUGCUCCUGCCGCCCUGCUGCUCUGACUGGUCUGUGUAAACUGGACACGUCUGUCCUGUUGCGCCGAAGUGGAGUAUAUACAUUUGUCCUCUUUUUCUUCGUCCCGUCUGUGAUUUCUAAAGUUUAAGCCGCCUGUAAAGACCCACCGUUCGGUCAUGCGUAGUUCGGCGCGCCUCAGGAUGUGUCAGUGAUGCGAGCACACUCGCGAGGAGGAACAAAUGGACUAACCGUUACUCUUCUCUUCUUCACCAUGGGAGUGUUACAACUUUCUUUUCUCCUCGUAGUCGGUGUGCUGCCGGUUUCAGGUUUUGGGGUUGAGCCUUCCCUACGCAUUGACAUCUUUGAGGAGCUGAAUAUUGAGGAGUCUUAUGCAGGAGUUUCUCAAGUCCAGGGCUUCCACAAUGAGAGCAGGGCCUUUCUGUUUAAAGACAUGUGGAGGAGUGUGCGAGCCUCAGCAGGCGUUUCCGAACGGAUGCUGCAGAAGCUCAGGGGCAGGGUGGAGUUCACCCUCCUGCUGACCCUCAAACAGGACAAAUUCAACUCUGGGGUGAUGCUGUCGAUCCAUCAUGGAGAGCAGAGGUAUUUGGAGCUGGAGAGCAGCGGGCAGCGCAGUGAGGUCCGGCUGCACUACUGGACAGCAGAGAAGCGCACCCACACUGAGGUGUUCCCCUACAGCCUGGCAGACGGCCGCUGGCACAGAGUGGCCCUGUCACUUAGUGCCUCACAGCUGGUGCUGUAUGUGGACUGUAGCAGAAUCUACGAGAGGCUUGUGGAAACGCCAUCUAUGGAUGUUCCUGCAGGGACAACUGUGUGGCUAGGACAAAGAAAUAAUGCUCAUGGAUUCUUCAAGGGCAUGAUGCAGGAUGUUCAGUUGCUGCUCAUGCCUCAGGGGUACAUUUCUCAAUGUCCAGACCUCAACCGCACUUGUCCCACAUGCAACGAUUUUCACGGUCUGGUGCAGAAGAUCAUGGAACUUCAGGAUAUUUUGGCCAAAACAUCUGGAAAGCUUGCGCGAGCAGAGGAGAGGAUGAGGGCUCUCGAUGGAUGUUAUUGUGAGAGGACCUGCUCUCUGAAUGGAGAGAUCUACAGAGACGAGGAGGUCUGGAUAGAUGGGUGCAAGAACUGCACGUGUUCGAAUGGUACUAUUGAAUGCGAGAGCAUCUUCUGCCCUGCACCUCAGUGCCCUACGAACACUGCACCAGCCUACAUUCCUGGAGCGUGCUGUAAAGAGUGUCAGCCGGUGUGUCUUUUCAGGGGGAGGGUUUAUGUGGAAGGUGAUCGUAAGAGUGUGCGUGACUCUACAGGGAACUGCCUGCUUUUUGAGUGCAGGGAUCGUAGCAUGCGAAGAGUUGAGAGCACGUCGUGUCCAGAGCUGACCUGCCCUGAGUCAGAGCAAAUAACCCUCACGGACCGCUGCUGCACAGUUUGCCGUGGACAUGAUUUCUGUGCGGAGGGCUACAGCAGCAGCUGUGUCGAGAACUCAGAGUGCGUGAAUCUGGAGGCAGGAGCCUGCUGCAGCUGCAGAGACGGCUACCGAGCGCUGCGGGAUGACAGCGCUUACUGUCAAGACAUUGAUGAGUGUGCGGAGGGGAAACACUACUGCAGGGAGAACACCGUGUGUGUGAACACGCCAGGAUCCUUCAUGUGCGUCUGCCAAACUGGCUACAUCCGGAUUGAUGACUACUCCUGCACUGAGCAUGAUGAGUGUAUAAGUGGACUACACAGCUGCGAUGAGAAUGCGCUGUGCUUCAAUACGGUGGGAGGACACAGCUGCACCUGCAAGCCAGGAUACAUGGGUAAUGGCACUGUCUGCAGAGCACAGUGUGAUGGGCUGUGCCAUAACGGAGGUUCCUGUGUGGCUCCUGACACUUGCAUCUGCCAGCAGGGCUUCACUGGGAGGAGAUGUGAAACAGACAUUGACGAGUGUUCGGAUGGCUUUGUGGAGUGUGACAGUAGAGCCACCUGUGUGAACCUGCCGGGCUGGUAUCACUGUGAAUGCCGCGAUGGCUACCAUGACAAUGGGAUGUUUUCAGCCAACGGGGAGUCGUGUGAAGACAUCGACGAGUGUGAGACGGGGAGGCACAACUGUGCUAACGACACAGUGUGUUUUAACAUGGACGGAGGUUAUGACUGCCGGUGCCCUCAUGGGAAGAACUGCACCGGAGACUGCGUUCACGAAGGGAAGGUGAAGCACAAUAGGCAGAUUUGGGUGCUAGAUGACGAUAGGUGCUCCGUCUGCUCCUGCCAGACUGGUCUGGUGAUGUGUAGGCGGAUGGUGUGCGACUGCGAGAACCCGACAGUGGAUGUGUCGUGUUGUCCAGAGUGUGACCCUCGCCUCACCUCUCAGUGUCUGCACCAGAAUGGCCUUCUAACAUACAACAAUGGAGACACCUGGGUGGAGAAUUGUCAGCAGUGCCAGUGCAUGCGUGGCGAGGUGGACUGCUGGCCCGUGCCGUGCGCGCCUGUGCUGGACUGUGAGUUCCUGGUGGUUCCUGAGGGUGAGUGCUGUCCCCGUUGCGUUUCUGACCCGUGCCAGGCCGACACAGUGCGCAACGACAUCACCAAAACCUGCGUGGAUGAGUAUGGCAUCACACGCUUCAGUGGCUCCGCCUGGACCAAACACGGCACAGAGUGCUCGCUCUGCCAGUGCAAGAAUGGUCAUGUCUGUUGCUCUGUGGAUCCUCUGUGCCUCUAGUGCCAUCCAAAAGGCAACUCUCUCUGUUACAGCUCUUUUCUCUUUCUCUCUCUCUUUUCUUGCACUCUCACUGCUCCUUGCUCUCUCUCUCUGUCUUAAUAUCUCCUCUUAUCUUGGUGUACAGUGUCAUUUUUCAUCAUUUUUUUUUUUUCAUUAAUUUCAUUUGUUUUGUUUUUUUUUGUUUUGUUUUUUUUUGUUGUUUUUUACUGAUGUACCAUAAUGGAACACACAUGACGCAGCUGUUGCUCAGCAGUGGAUCGCAUAUGUCAGACUUCUCAGUCUAAGUAGGCAGACCUAGGAACAGCUUUUGCUUGUGAUACUCUAACAAAUCUAAUUACUCAGACUAAAAGAAAGUUUCUUGGCAUUCUUACUCUGAGAUGCUUGAUGCGUGUGUAUCCCAGGCAGGAAGGCUUAAUGGGACAUUCCACUGAUUUUUAACAUUUUUACAUGGUCAAAUGGUUGAGAUUUAGAGUAGUUUGAUGUGAAAUGGUUUAUUAUAGAGAAAUGAACAGUCAAAUUUGUUUACUAUGGUAAUGACAGGAACCAGGAGUCACAAUGUCUAUAACACAAAUAUAGCAAUUUUUUUUUUACUGUCCAAAACCACCAGCGAACCUACACGUGGCUACUGAAUUUUUAUAUGUAUUGUUGAUGGUGGUAAAAUAGUGUUAAGUUUAAAAAGAUAAGUUUUCUUUGGAAACUAUUUUGCCUUGCCGCGCACCCUGUAAGUACCUCUCCUCCAUUAAUCAAUUUAAAAAAAUAGAUUUCAGGCCAAAACUUUAUCUCAGAACUAUCCUAAUACAGUGUUUUAAGCAUCACACAAUGUAUUCAUAACCAUUACAUUUAGCAACUUUCUUUGAGGGAGCUUUUAGUGGCAUUAAAUACUUCAGAUGUCUGGUUCCUAUCACCACCACUGUGAACUAUUCUGACUCUGUAUGUUUCUCUAGAACAGCUCAUUUCACAUUAACCCUCUCUGAAUGACUUUGGAUUUAAUUAUGAAGAAAUUUCAGAGUCCCAUGCAGUCAGUCCCACUGUAAAUGAACCACAUACAUACCUCCAUGGGCAUGAUUGUAUCCAGUGUUGACUAUUUUGCAGUAUUGCAGAUCGUUCUGUUCCAGAGAAAAGAAAGACCUUUGGUGUUUGGCUAGUUUACAUUGUUUGAGUUUUCACGUCUUUUCAGAAAUCUGUCUAUACUUUGAUGUUUUAUGCUGUACAUUUUUUUUGUUAAAUUGAUGUUUAAUUUAUUCAGUGGCUUGGUGUCGUGUGAUGGUGAAAUAAAGAUUUCCAUUAAAAUUCUAA